AUCAGAUCAUAAAUGGCCACAGACUCAGUACAGAUGGAGAUAUUUCGUGCCCCAAGUCAGCGGCACCUUUUUCAUCCAACCUCUGGACGAUUCCGCCCCAUCAUCAAAGUCUCCGACCGGAGAUAUUCAGGAUCUCUCCGCUGAGUGUAUAUAAGCCAAAGAGCAACUACACUCUUAUUCUACCCCAUAACAGUCACAAAUUACCUCUGAACCUCUUCCGUCUCUCAUACAACCACAAUGUCAUCCAAGCUCUACGACGUCCUCAUCAUCGGCGGCGGCCCAGGCGGUCUCGCCAUGGCAUCCGCCCUCGCCCGUCAAGUCUAUACAGCCCUGAUUCUCGACUCAGGCGUAUAUCGCAACGCGCCUACAAAACACAUGCACAACGUCCUCGGCUUCGAUCACGUUGAGCCCUCCGUUUUCCGCCAAAAAGCCCGUGACGAUCUUGAAAAGCGGUACGAAAGCAUUGAGUUCAAGUCCACAACCAUCGCAAACGUUCGCAAAACAGACGCUGGUGUGUUUGAAGCGGUUGAUCACGAUGGAAAUAUCUAUCAAGGAAAGAAACUCGGCUUAGGCACCGGGGUGAAGGAUCUUGUUGAGGAGCAGCCCAAGGGAUAUGCUGAGUGCUGGGGAAAGGGAAUUUUCCACUGUCUUUACUGCCAUGGCUUUGAGGAGCGAGGAGCAGAAAGUGUAGGCGUCUUCUCAGGCGGCAUGCUCUCCAGCGCCGACAUGCUCGCGCACGUAACCCCCAUGGCCAAACGCCUCUCCCAGUCCGUAACAAUCUACACCAACGGCGACACCUCUCUCCCCUCAACCAUAAAGACAAAAGUACACAGCAGCAAAGUGCACUUCGACACCCGGAAGAUCACAUCCUUCGCCCUUGUUAAUUCUGGUCCUUCUGUUAAAAUCACCUUUGAGGAUGGCUCCUCCAAGACCGAAGGCUUCGUGGUAAGUCAUCCCAAUGUCGCACAAGCAGCGCCGUUUGCAGAGCAGCUUGGGCUGGAGACGACGCCGACGGGUGAUAUCAAAGUUGAGGUGCCGAUGAACGAGACUAGUGUGAAGGGGUGUUUUGCGUUUGGUGAUGCGGCGACUGUUAUGAGGAGUGCUUUGCAGGCGAUGCAUAUGGGUGAACAAAAAGUCCCCGUAUCGGUCGGUGUGUCUGUCUCAGUUGAGACUCUGACUAUCACAAUGCAAGGGAUGGAGCCCUCGGCAGAUGACUUCACCUCCCAGGCUCACUGUCCUCUUGCAUCAUUCACAAAGAAGCGUGCUCUUUCUUUCUACCUCCGUAGCAUUGCAGUUACAGUCGUCAUGAUGAUCAAGUCUUUGGCCCUCUUCACCCUCAUCACCGUCGCCUCGGCGCGAAAGUGCACAAACAUCACUGUCCCUGUGUCACUGACCUCUCAGAAUGCUGUCUUCACCAUUGAGGCGCCGUUGACGGGGAUUGACGUUACGACCCUCGCUGUCAAUCUCGCUCGUCAGGGUGCACCUCCAUAUCCCGAGCAGGUGCAAAAGGGUUUUACUACUGUUUCGGGUAAUUAUGAACUCGCCGCUACAUAUUGCGAACCCGAUGCCGGUCCUGGAAAGGAACUUCAGAUCAUGACGCACGGCAUUGGCUUUGAUAGAAGUUACUGGGACUUUCCUUACAACAACUACAACUACAGCUAUGUUGCGCGCGCAGUCGAUGAGCACGGCUACUCGACUCUUACCUGGGACCGUCUUGGAGUCGGUGCUUCUUCCAAGGGUGAUCCAUUGAACGAGAUCCAAGUCUACCUUGAGAUUGCAGCUCUCAAGGCUCUCACUACCAAAGCUCGUGAAGGAUCUCUUGGGGUAGGAUGCAAGUACUCCAAGGUCGUUCACUUGGGGCAUUCGUUUGGGUCGGUCAUUAGCUAUGCGCUCGCGAAUGAGAGUCCUGAACUCACUGAUGCUGUUGUCUUGACGGGCUUUUCGCAGGCGACUGCUUAUUUGGGGCUAUUCGCCGUUGGAAGCAACUUUAUUCCUAUUACUGCUACACCUCUCGCCGAUAAGUAUCCCGCUGGCUACGUCGGUGUGUCGUCUACAGUGGGCAUACAGAUCAACUUCUUUGCAGAGGGCGACUUUGACCCCAAGAUUCUGGAAGUGGCAUAUGAGAAGGGCCAGCCUGUUUCGCCUGGUGAACUUCUUACAUUGGGAGCACCAGCUGGGAAGAAUAACACAUACACAGGCCCUGUCCAGAUCGUGACUGGCUCACGCGAUGUACCUUUCUGUGGCGAUAACUGCUACUCUACAGGCAGCGUAGACCCCAAGCUGCCCUCAUUACUCGACAUAUCGAGACAGUUCUUUACACAAGCUUCGCGAUUCAACACAACCGUUGUGCCAGGUGCAGGUCACGGAUUGAACUUUGGAUAUUCACACACUGUCACUUACGAUGCUAUUCUCGAGUUUCUCUCAGAAUUGGCUUGAUGCCUUCUUCCACCUUCUUUCGCAUAUUAUUCUUUCGGUAUCUAUUGUAUAUAGUCUACUUUGCAGCUAAUACAUUUCCUUAUUUGUUCAAACGGACCAUUAAUUCAUCCGUCAGAUUCCC